AUGUUCAACCAGUUUUCGAAGAUGCCCUUGGAGCCUCCAUACAUUCGCAACGUAUACAUCGCGAGCCUUCCGCCCAACUACACCGAAGAAGAGCUCCGAGCGUUGUUUGCGCCGUUUGGUAAGAUCGUCUCAACAGCGCUUGUACGGGAUAAGGAGACAAAACGCUGCAAGGGGUAUGGGUUUGUGCUGAUGGAGAGAUACCAGGACGCAUACAAUGCUGUCAUGGCUCUUCAGGGUCACACCGUUCAACACGCCCGUGUGCAAGUGCGAUUGGCGCGCCCCGAAGCAUCUGUGAAGAAGGCCGAUCCGCUCUUGUACACUCAAGCGAUGAUGUGCGAGGUUGUGCAACCUGCGGUGUAUGUUCUGUACCCACCGACGUGUAUUACUGCUUAA